CGUGGGGGCGAGUUUGCCACGCCUCCCACGUCUAUAUAAGCUAUCAGUCCGACGUGGGAACCUCACUUGCACCCCGGCCACGGUCAGGAAAGGGUACGCAACAUCCAGACGAGGACGAAUCCUGCGCUCGACUCUUAAGCCUGAUCCACCAGGAACGGACACCAAUCGAUCCUUGACACGUACAUUAAGCGCUUACCGCGAGAAGCAAGUCAUGAAGUUCGGUUUAUUGUGGAUGUUCUGCUUGUUGGUCGUCCUCCUCGACAGGACCCUUGCCAGUCCCUACAUCGAUGAUGAGGAAGAUUCACUACAGGACGCAGAUUCGGAUUAUGCGACAGACGCGAAUGCGUUGGACAAUCUGAUGCGAGCUGCUCAACAAAAACGUACCUCGUUGAUCUACCUGUUUAGGCGGGCCUGCAUAAGACGGGGUGGAAACUGCGACCACAGGCCGAAAGAUUGCUGCUACAGCUCAAGCUGCAGAUGCAAUUUAUGGGGUUCAAACUGUCGGUGCCAACGAAUGGGUCUGUUCCAGAAGUGGGGCUAAACUACCUACUCGUCCUCCUCUGUCUUGCUCCUUCUUUCUUUUCUCGGCGAAAAUAUUUCUUCUUAACAGCAGCACGCGACACGACUGUCUUACACUAUUCGCGUAUACCGUUCCGUUUCAUCCAGAGUUGGGCAACGAACGAAGCUUCAUAAAAAUCAUAUUAUUACGGGAAAAAAAUCUAAGUCAUUAUAACUUCUUAAAUUAACAAAUCGAUUAUAAUAAAUAAUUCAAAUUGAUUCAUGGAGUUUAUUGGCUACUGGAAUUACGACGACGACGACGACGACGAUUUGCCCAACGCUGGUUUCAUCCCUCGGUACUCUAUCCGGUUAUCGCUACACUGUGGUAGUCUUUUAUCCAGUGAUAAACUUGUGAAAUAUGCACGUAAUAUGUAAAACUAUACACGAAGUACCAUACGAACGCAUUAUAAUGUUUAAGAGGCGAACGAUUCUGUUUAAGUUCCAUUUUGAUUUGCAUGUACAUUAACUUGUAAAGACUUGAUUUUUCAUAAAAAUCCGGAGUCUUUCACUGUCUAACGAUCGAGGUGUGUGUGUGUGUGUGUGUGUGUGUGUGUGUGUGUGUGCGCGUGUGUGUGAACGACUUUGGAUCGUGCACAGACACCUCGAUCCUCAGACUCCUCUGAUGGAUGAUUUAAUUGAUUGAUUUGAUGCGUGUGCUUCGGAAGAUAAAUAGAAACUGUAAAUUGACGAAUCUAUUGAUAACGCAACGAGUUCCUAAAUGUAUUCGUUCGCGGAGAACAUGUGGAUUUUUUUAUUUUUUCUUCGACUUUCGUUGCUUUUUCUGCUAGGUUCCUUGACGGGGAAAAUAGUACUGUUACCAUAUUUAGUGUUUUUAGUUUCUUUACAUAUAUUUAUUGCAACAUCUCGUAUCUACUUCUCUCGUAUAUAAUAUUGGAAUGAUAAACUUCGUCAACAGCUUGUUCCUCAUUGUUCUUGACUUUUUAAAAAAUUGUUCUCGGUUCCAUUUUCAUUCUUUACUACUCCUGCUGCUGCAGUCUAUUUUUUCAUUCGUCAUAAAUUAUGAAUAGCUUGGAGGUCUUACUGUCAGUGAAAUAAAAAAUUCAUUGAAGCGCAACGAGAAGCAGAGACAUAAACUUAAACCAAGAAUAAUUUAUUAUUCUUUCCCCGUCUGUUUAUUUUCUCGUAUACGUUGCGUGAAAGGGAAAUGCGGAAUGGUUUAUGCGUCAUGCGAAUCCAAUUUUUCCUCUCUAAUAAUAAGUUCAAACGCAAACGGCCCAACUGUAAGCAGUAAGUUAACUGGAAAUUCGAUUGUCGAUUAGUCUGUAAUGGAAUAGGGAAAAGGCGUCUUGCUUUAUGAAUAGAAUAGUAAAAUUUCUUUCGAUGUGAGUUCCAUGGGAUCUUUCGUUCUUGCUGAGACACUUAAUAACUCGCGUAAUCAAGAAUCGUGUCUACUACCGGAUUAACCGGACUGUCAUCGCGUGACGAAACUCGCGUAUGAAAUUAUAGUGACGUAGAAAAGAUGGGCAACUAAUGAUUCAGAGGCCGUCAUCAUCUUCGAUUGAGCGACGAUAAAAUUGGUACUUGGAUGAACGAUUUUGACAAACUUAUGUAUAUUGCUCUCUGAUUGGGGUUUCCUCUAGCCACUUUCUCCAAUCAGACGGCGGCAGUGUCUCGUCAGUAAUAAUUAAUCAUUGUCUUCGAGGAUGAUCACGACCGAUUCGUAGUAACAGUGUACAAUCAAGCGACGAAUAAAAUUGAUUCAGACUCAAGGACAGUUUCUCCUAUCCAAAUUUUGAACCUGGUGUACUUGUAUGCAUACAUACUAAUUAUGAACGAACAAAAAAAAAUACAAUAAUGGAUGUUAUCAUAUUGUACCGGAAGGUGGAUGUACAUGUACCGACAUAUUAUAUGGAAAUAUAAUAUAUAUUAUAUAUGUAA